UUUUGAGGGUGUAUAUUUUAAAUUCUUUUUUGUUAGAGUUUCCCGUAGAGUAUAGGAGGCGACAAUUAUUCAUUCAUCUAUGACUGGAACGCACCUUCCUUAAAAACGUACAAAUGUCUAAACGAAGUCGUUCCCGUUCUCCGGAUGGCAGGAAUUCUUAUUAUAACAAUAGAAAACGGAAUUUCAGUGAUCAACGAGGCUACAAUGACCGAGAAGACUCUCGGCGUCGUUACGGUUCCUCUGAUCGACGAAACCGAGACAGUUACAGACGAGAUGAUUAUGUCUCUAGAGACAACAGAGGUGAUCGCAAUAGACAAAAUGACAGAGACGUUUGGAGACACGACAGAUAUUCUGAUUCUUCAUCACGUAGCUCACAAGACAGAUCUCGUCGUGGACAGGAUUCGAGUCGUUUUGACCGAGAUUACCGCUCAAACUAUCAUGCUUCCGAUCGUUCGUCUCAUGGACGUUAUAGCAGUCAUGAACACAGAAAAGAAACCCAACACGAACAACGUUCGUCGCCUCCUCGUGAAGCAAUUGGCAGAAGCGCGCGUCGCUCAAGGUUCGAUCAACCUUCUGCUGCUCCGGCAGCAGCCAGUAAUGUCUCUUCUUCUUCAGAAGCAGGAUUAACUGUGCCUACUGUUUCAGUUCAGGCCUCUAGCACUGUUCCAGCAAAGUCGAGUGUAGCUAAAUCGUCAGCUCCAGAUAACUCUAGUAGUGCAGUAGAUGCAGAAAGCCUUGCCAACGCUGUCCGUGUGCCGAAAGACCUUGACUCAAAGAAGAAAGCGCGUCUAGAGCGUUUGAAUGCAUGGAAAAAAUCCAAGGCAGAGGAAUUGGCAAAGGCCGAAAGCAACUUACAACAAAUGAAGGAGGCUCAAACGGCGGCUAACUCAGAAAUUUCGUCUGUGGAAAAUACAGAAAAAGCCAACAAACGCGUUGUCCCGUCGCUUAUGCCUUCUUCCGGUAUCUCUGGUUUCAACAUUGUCAAACAAAAUAAUGCAGUCCGUAUUGGAAGAAUUCAAAUGGACGAUGAGGUUUUGACUAAGCGUCCUGGAAUUGCAGAACUGAUGGCGGAGGAGGAUGAUGAUUCUGCAAUGGACACCGAUGGGGCUGCGGUACCCGGGAACAGCCAUGACAAUGAAGUUGAUCCUCUCGACGCUUACAUGGCGUCUUUAGAGGGCGUUACUGACGUAGUACGUCCUGGUCUUUUGAAUGCUGAAGUGGUUGAUGGCACCAAUGAUGAGGAUGACUUGUAUGAGCAGUCUACAACUUUGGCCGAAGAAGAAAACAUCCUGGCACUAGCCGCUAAGCGGAUGAAAAAGAAAGACUUUAUUACAGUGGAUCAUUCUAAAAUAAACUACGAAGAUUUUCGGAAGAACUUUUAUGUCGAGCCCGAAGAGUUGAAGAAGCUUUCUCUAGAGGAGGUCGAUGAGUUACGAUUGUCUUUGGGCGGCAUAAAAAUUCGCGGAAUCGAUUGCCCUAAACCAGUCACUUCGUGGAGUCAGUGCGGUUUAUCAGUGCAAACACUCUCUGUAAUUCGAUCUCUUGGUUUCGAAGAGCCCUCUGCUAUCCAGGCACAAGCUAUUCCAGCCAUCACCGCUGGUCGGGAUGUUAUUGGAGUUGCAAAAACUGGAAGUGGAAAAACAAUUGCUUUCUUACUUCCCAUGUUUCGGCACAUCAUGGACCAAAGGCCACUACGAAACGGUGAAGGCCCGGUGGCGGUCAUCAUGACUCCUACUCGUGAACUCGCUGUCCAGAUUUUCCGCGAGUGUAAACCGUUCGCGAAAGCCUUAGAUCUUCGUGCUACCUGUGCCUAUGGCGGUGCUCCCAUCAAGGAUCAGAUUGCAGAACUUAAACGGGGUGCUGAAAUUGUUGUGUGUACUCCCGGUCGAAUGAUCGAUGUGUUGAACGCUAACUCCGGAAGAGUUACCAACUUGCAUCGCUGCACUUAUGUUGUUUUGGAUGAAGCUGACCGUAUGUUUGAUCUCGGAUUUGAGCCUCAAGUAAUGCGCAUCUUAAACAAUAUUCGACCAGAUCGGCAAGUCGUUCUUUUCUCCGCAACCUUUCCUCGAGCAAUGGAAGCAUUGGCACGAAAGGUUCUGAAAAAGCCCAUUGAAAUAACGGUGGGCGGUCGCUCUGUUGUCGCUGCAGAGGUUGAACAACUUGUAGAAGUUCGUUCAGAAGAAUCCAAGUUUCCUCGGCUUCUUGAACUCUUGGGAGAACUGUACAAUACACAGCCAGAUGUGCGGACACUGGUUUUUGUUGACCGCCACGAGUCCGCUGAUGCACUUCUGUCACAACUGAUGAAGCGUGGUUACAGCUGUAAUUCUAUACACGGUGGUAAAGAUCAGCACGAUCGUGAUUCCACCAUUUCAGAUUAUAAGAUGGGUAUUUUCGAUGUGCUGAUUGCUACUAGCGUUGCCGCUCGAGGUCUAGACGUGAAAUCUUUACAGCUUGUCGUUAACUAUGAUUGUCCUAAUCACAUGGAAGACUAUGUGCACAGAGUAGGACGGACAGGACGGGCAGGUCAUACUGGUGUCGCUGUGACUUUUGUCACACCUGACCAGUCUCGAUAUGCUGUGGGUAUUGCCAAGGCCCUGAAAAUGAGUAAGCAACCUGUCCCGCUAGAAUUACAGAACCUUGCCAAUGAGUUCCUUAAGAACGUUAAAAGUGGCAAGGAGAAGGCUGCUGGCAGCGGUUUUGGUGGUAAAGGUCUUUCUCGUUUGGAUGAAACGAGAAAUGCCGAAAGGAAAAUGCAACGUCGGGCGUUUGGAGAGGAUGUGGAGGAAGAAGAAGAGGAGAAUGAGGAGGCUGUUAAGCCAUUGGAACCUCUACCCGAAGGCCAAUCUACAGGUGACCUUACGCUUGACAGGGUUCGUGCCGCUGUCGGCGGUAUUGCAGCACGGGCACUCAGUGCUUCUCAACUCCAAAAGAACAAACUUGCACAACCCAUUACAGUCAUUAAAACUGACAAUGACGAGUUUAAGGCCAAGAUGGAGAUCAAUGACUACCCUCAACAGGCUAGAUGGGCUGUUACGAACAGCGCGAACAUUGUUCAUGUAACGGAACUGACGGGAACGAGUAUCACGACGAAAGGAAACUUCUACUUACCCGGUAAGAAUCCCGAGGCAGGUGAAGAGAAACUAUACCUUCUCAUUGAAGGCCACAGUGAGCUCGAUGUCAACCGCGCGGUUACUGAGCUACGCCGCCUGUUACUGGAAGGUAUCGGCCACAGUUUGGAAGAUGGCAAUAGAAGCGCACCGACAGGCCGUUAUUCCGUUGUAUAAAAUGGCUACUUUUUGGACAAAUGAAACAAACACUCGUAAGGACAAGCUGUAAGAAGUACACCUCGCGACUCUUUUAUUGCUUAUAUGUUUAAACGGUUAAGAUAUGAAUGUCACGAACAAAAUAAAACAAAAUCAUUAAAUAAUUGUAUAGAGAAAAAAAUACACUAGAGCGUUUUCUUUUCGUGUGUGUCGAAUUACUCCAAAAAGAAACUGUUUUACAAGGGGAAUUAGGUCCGAAUUUAGCUAUCGUUCUCCAAUUUCUUCUUCGCUAACCUCUUUUCCAAAUCAACAAAAGCAUGGAUUGAUGGCGGUAGUUGUUCAAGUGGAUCUUUUGCAUUGAGCUGCUGGUCUUUCAAUUCUGUAGGAACAGCCAUUUUCCGUUCGAUAAAAGCCUUUUUUGCCCGAAUCCGUGCAUCUUGGUAUUCUCUCAGAUCAUCGGCAUAAAUGUCCCAAACACAAAUAGGACAACCACUCUGACAACAAUUCAGCGGUUCUUCAGGCUUCGGUGGUACAUGAACGUCCAGGUAAUCGUGAGCCACGUUACCCACGGAGUAGGUCCUCAAGGUCGCAGGUCCUUCUUCUACGGCUAAAAAAUCCAUCCCUGCUCGAUGGAACACAUUUGAUUGCGGCUGUUGUAACAUUACUGGCCGUUAGCUUUUUGAACAAUCUCGCAAAAACGUUGAACUACCCUUAAAAAAGUCCAUGUUUGUCUUUUUCUUUGACAAAGCCGCCCAGACACUGAACGCGCGGCAAUUUCUUAGAACCAUAAUUCCUUUCCAUCUCCGUUGAAUUUGUAAAAUACCCUGCGACAUGAGAGCAGCGACUAUCACAGAACGAAAAUAAGAUGAGGCACUAUGCGGUAAUAUGCCGUGGCAAGUCGGUGAGAAGGGUAGCGCUGAAGAAAUGGUAAAUAGGAUGCCACCUAAAAUAACGUUUAUGAGCAUAUCCCAUUAUGCUCUCUUCUUUUGUUUUAACCGAAAAAGGGUCUGUUCUUCAAAGGAAAGUUUAGAAAAAUCAGAUGGUUGUGAUUUUUCGCCAGUGGUAUUCAUUGUUUUGUCCUUGUUUGAGCCAUGUUCAUUUUUUUGUCGUGCCCAUUGUAUAUCCUUUACAUAUUUGGGUACCGUCUCGGCAUGAACGGACGCGUAUGCUGAACUGAGUCGCUCGAAUACGACGUAAGCGGUGCUGAAUUUUUUGUUGAUGUCCAAUUCCCGUACAAUAAGAGCUUGGACAGGACCAAAAGGCUCCAAUAUUCGCAAAAGCUCUUCUUUUGACAUAAACUCGUUAUAUUUCUGUUUCCAGCGAACUUUUACUGUGCGGUCAAUAUCGUCGAGAGUUUUAGGAGGUACAUUAUUCAUUUCAAACUCUGUUCGAUCCCGUUUUUCGCCGCUUCCCGUGGUUGCUCGAGCAUGUUUCUGGAGAUACUCGUGUCGUAAUUGCUCGUUUUCUUCUCUCAGUCGACGAAGUUUCUCCAAUCGUGCUAAUUGAGCGCGUUCUUUCUCAUCGAUUUCCUGAAAAGCUUUUUGUUCACGAGCUUUCAAGUCAUCAACCAUGGAUUUCCGUUUCAGAUCAAAAGCUUCUUCUCUGCGUUUUUGAGCUUGACGUGCCAGCCGUUCUGUGUCAUACUCUCUCCGUGUCGCAGGAUCAAUGAGUAAAUUGUAGGCGACCUGUAACUUGUGGAAUUUCUCAAUGGCAGUCGGGUCAUUAGGAUUCUUGUCAGGAUGAUAUUUUAGCGACGUUUUCCGCCAAGCUCUAUGUAUAUCUUUUUCUUCUGCAUCUUCUUGGAUUCCAAGAAUUUCGUACACGUCAAAAUUGGCAUCAAUGACCGGCAUUUAUUGUUGGUUAAAGGAUUGUAGGCACGCGUCGCCGUAACCUUAUUUAGCAGUACGCGUCUGCUGGGUGGGGGAAAAUGUGGGGGCGAAAAGGUGAAGCAGGAAGUAUUCAAUAAAACAAUGAGAGAUAAUGAUAUUAGGAAGAGCGAUACUUUUUGAUGUGGUCAGAAACUUUCAGUGUCACGAUGC